GCACCGACGAAGCUCCUCAGGACACUUUAAUGGUGGAAUCACAAAAUCCAACAACAACAUCAGUGAAUCAAACACAAAAUUCCCUAUCCUACAGGUAUAAGCUCAUGGGGGAGGAAAACUCAGUUAUCCUCUCCUUUAAUACCAUACCCAGCUACAUGGAUGAAGAAUCUGAUAUUGAUGAUGACCCAGAGGAUGACGCCCCUAUCGUCUUAUUAUCAAAAGCGAAAAAACGGAGAAUCCAAGACCCUUGGAUGAACGUUAUCAUCAUCAAAGCCUUCCAUCCUAAACCCCUAGGCUACAAUUAUGUUUUUUUUAGAGUCCAAGCUCAAUGGAAACCAAAUGGUCACAGAAACAACCAAUGCCCACAACUUAAUACUACCUCUGAGAGUCCUAAAGAAGUUGCCAAUAUUGUACCUCAAUCAACCCAGGCUCCUAGCUCUACAACUCCAAUUGCUAAGGCCGUGACCUCCUCUGCCACCUUAAAUCCUAUUCUACAGACACCUACAACUAACCAAUCUUUUGAUGAGGACAAUUAUGGCCCUUGGCUAUUGGUGGAGCAUCGCAAAACCAAGAGAAAACCUUUUUUGAAGGCGUCUGCACCGAAGAAGAUGCCGAUAAAUCCCAAAUCAAGAGAUACACGUGACUCGGCCGUUCCAACUCAUAGUACCGGUUCCAAAACUCAACGGGCCACCAAUAGUUCCUUGUCAAAUCAUCUGAACGGUAAUGUGUCCAGUGCAUUAAAUGUUGCUCAGCCUUUGAAGCAAGGUCAAAAGAUUUACAAAGCCAAAGCCUCGACAGAGGAUUCCUCUGAACUAGAACCCAAAACCCAACAAUGGGUUAGUAAAGCUCCUAGCAAGGCACAAAGCCCAUUUGAGGUUAUCACUAUACAAGAGCUUAAAACUAGUUUAAAGAUUGCUUCUAAACCAAACCCGGGACCUGAUACCCAAAGGCCCUUUAGCCAUUGUCUUGAUCAUAUUGCCGGCUCCUUAAAGUCGGGACAACCGACCCUUACCACCCCCAUCCUUUGUACCUCCACUAGCACCAUUGGAAUCGACUCCCAAAUCUUAUUCCCACAAAACUUUACCUCUCCUUUGUUUAACCAUGGAUUUGUACCAGAUCCUGCCCCAAGAUUGGAAAACCCAAAUGUUUCUAGUAAAAGACCAGAUGACUACAUUGAGGUGAAUCUCCUGGAGAUAGCUCACUUGAUCCCCCCAACCGAGGAAAAUCCAGAUCCAAAAGAGUUAUGUCAGAUCGGGAAUCUCAAAUCGACAGGAGACGUCACAAUGCUCGAUGAGGAGUGGAGCCUUAUCAAGCCCCUACUAUUGACAAAUUAUGCGUACCAGCACCACUUGAAGGUUGUCCAAUUACAGGGGAAAAUGGAAUGCAUUCAUCUGAUAUUGAAAGCUCUAUUGUCGCUAGAGAUGCGCAUUGAGAGGGACUUCCAAGUUCUUUUCUUACCAUAUCAUUUUCCCCUCGCCAGGUACCUGUCAUGGACAUUUCAGUCCUUACUGCCGGUGUUCAACCCGCUGAGAGCCCAGAUAGCAUUGGGGCUAUCAAAUAAUCUUGACUGGACUAUGAAGAUUAUGUCAUGGAAUUGUUGUGGGGCUCUGAAAGCAGGUUUUCGCAAAAGUGUUAUGGAUCUUAAAAGAAUUCAUAAUCCAGCUAUGCUACUUAUUUUAGAAACAAAAAUUUUUGGACAAAAUGCUCGAGAGGUAGCCGACUCUCUUGGUAUCCCAAAAUCUUGUAUUGUCAACUCAGAUGGUCUUGUUGGAGGCUUAUGGCUCUCGUGGGAUGACUCUAGGCUUAUAGUGGACAUUCUGUCAACCAGCAAUCAAGCAAUACAUGCCGUUAUCCAGGUAAGCCCUUGGAUGAUUAUCGGGAAUUUUAAUGACGUGGUUUAUCAAAGUGAGAAGUUUGGAGGCAAUGAAAUUUCCCAAACUCAUGUUCGAGCUUAUCUUGAUUGCAUGAAGAACUGCAAUAUGGUGGAUCUGGGGUUUAUUGGAAAUCGUUUUACAUGGGUCAACAUGCGUUUCACUAACCAGCUGAUUAGAGAAAGACUUGAUAGGGCUUGGGCCAAUCUUGAUUGGAAACUUAACUUUCCUGAAGCGUCCCUUUUUCACCUCCCCCAUACCCACUCUGAUCAUUGCCCUAUUUUACUUGACCUUAACCCUCUUUGCCCUCGCCUAGGGUGUCAUCCUCCCAAGCUUGAAAAAUUUUGGAUUGAGCAUCCAGAUUUCCAAGACAUCAUCCAUCAGGUUUGGGUUGAUAAUAACCUCAAUACUACUAAAUGUUUAGAACUUACUAUGAAUCGGGUCAAAGCAUGGAGCCAAGCAACUUGUGGGAAUAUCUUCAAAAAGAAGAAGAAACCCCUUAGUCGUAUUGAAGGAAGAACAGCACUUGCUAAGUCAGUUCUGGCAACUAUUUCGAACUACUAUAUGCAAGCUUGUCUGCUACCAGCCUCUAUUCACAAAGAAAUUGAUAAGAUUUCUUGUAAUUUUAUUUGGGGAUCAGAGGUUAAGCAAAGGAAGAUUCAUCUUGUUAAUUGGAACAUUGUUUCUAGCCCAAAACAUUUGGGUGGACUUGGCUUGAAAAGUGCUAGAGAAACUAAUCUUGUUGCCAUGUGCAAGCUAAAUUGGAGACUUCACCAGGAGAAGGAUAAAAUCUGGAGUGACAUGUUUAGAAGGAAAUAUAAUAUUCACGACUAUCAUACUAGGCCAACUAGUACUGGAUCUCCUAUUUGGAAAGCUAUAACUAAGGGCUAUGAUCUUUUCAGCCUUGGUUUGAAAUGGGUGCCUCAUAUAGGAACCAAUAUCUCCUUUUGGACUGAUUGUUGGGUUAUUGAGACAUCCCUUGCCUCUAUUGUGUAUGGUGCCCACUAUCCAGACUUCAAAGCUAUCACCGUCUCGGGCUUUUUUAGUGUUGGGAAUCAUGCCCCUGAUCUUAUAGCUUAUUCUCUCCCUGAUAAUAUCUUCAAUAGACUUAAAGCUAUCCCUCUUUCUAUUUUUAACAGUAGAGAGGAUUCCUUUGCUUGGAAGGGAACUACCAAAGCUAAAGGCAAUCCAGGCAUUUCAGCGGCAGGGGGUAUUUUUCGGGAUUGCCAAGGUAACUGGAAACUAGGUUAUGCUAGAAAAAUUGGAUGGUCUAACAGCCUCGCAGCAGAACUUUCGGCCAUUAGAGAUGGAUUACAACUGGCCAUCAUGCACAGGGAGUUAAUCCAACAAAUUCCCAAGGCAGAACUCAAGCACAUCGUCCGUGGGUCGAACAUGGCUGCUAACUAGAUGGUGAAACAAGGACAUGUCAUUGACUGUGAUUUUGUUAUUUUUGAAGACAUUCCGCCUUCUGUAAAUCAGUAUUGUAUUGCUGAUAUGAUGGGGAUUGAAUUUCCCCGUAUGUGUUGAACUUUUUCUCCUUUAAUUUAAGUCCCAUUUCUACCCAAAAAAAAAAAAAAAUUUUUAAGGCUAU